AUGGACGACGAGGAGCCCGAGCGCUUAGGAGGCCGCACCUCGUCGCUCACGCAUAAAGUCACUUCCACCGCUUCCGCCGCCGCCGCAGCCGCCGCUGCCGCCGCGCGCGGAGCCACGCAGUCCCUUUCCGCUGGCGAAGGCCGGUCGAAACGCUCCGCGACGGUGGGAAGCGGAAGGUCCACGGAAGCUUCGGAUGCGACGAGCUCCAUGCGACGAGCUGCGACGGGUGCGCUGGCGUCGAAAAUCGCACAGCCGCAGCAGGCGGCAAAGAACCUCGUGAAAGUUUUCGCCAAGGCGAAGGGCGGCGUGGGGAAGCGCAUUGCGCGCGCGCAGACGGCUGUCCGCGCGCGCACGGGGAUUGGGCGGCGGGGCGGAGCGCAGGACGGGGAUGGGGGGGAGGAGGAGGAGGAUGAGGAGGAGGACGACGAUGACGACGAUGAGUCAGAAGCCGAAGACUCGGACGCCGAGGGCGGCGCGGGGUCGUCCGACGACGAAGAGAAGCCCAAGGAGGCUUCCGGCAAGGGAGGGAAGUUUCUUCGCAGCUUGCCGUCGCGGCGCAUAUCGAUCUAUAACGCGGAUGGCUUUAUGAUGGACGAUGAGGAUGCGUCGGAGUGGAGCAUGGUCAACGAGGACGUGUUGGUGCGCAAGGUGCGCGAGCUGAGGGAGCUGAGGGGCGACUUUGCGUCGGCCACCAACGCGCCUGCCACCAAGUCUGCCCUUGAAGGACUCGGCCUCUCCGAACUCAACGACCCCCUUGGCUACGGCCCGCUGAACCGCGUGAAGGUGUGUCUCGCCAUCAAUGCGUCCACCAUCCCCGUUCCUGACGACCGCAGCAUGGCCGAGAAGAUCAUAGUGUUCGGCCCCAAGUUCAGCCCGUCCUUCUACCUGGGGCGCGUGCACGACGACACGUCAAUGGACGAACUGAGGGCGGGCAUGGGCACGCUGGGGGCGGACAUGGAGAACCAGCAGCAGCAGCUCAAGACGCUCGUCAAGGAGAACUUUGACUCCUUCGUCUCCUGCAAGUCCACCAUCGAAGAUAUCGAGAAGAAGGUGCGGGAGAUGGAGCGGCGCAGCGACAGCGGCACGGAGGAGAUUCUGGUGGCCAUCCGCAACGUGCAUGACAUGGCCCAGGCCGCCUUUGGACCCCUGCUGGACCGCCAGAAGCAAGUGGACCGCAUUCGGUCGGUGCAGGGGCUGCUGCUGCGCUUCCGCACGCUCUUCAACCUGCCAGCUGUCAUGCGUGGAUUCGUGCAGCACGGCGAGUACGACCGUGCCGUGCACGAGUACCUCAAGGCCAAGUCCAUCUCGCUGCCUGCGCACUCCAACAUCCUGCGGCGCGUGAUGGCGGAGGUGCACAAGGUGGUGGCGGAGUUCCAUGAGGUGCUCUUCGCCAAGAUGGACGACCCCACCGCCGACCAGGCGCAGGUGGAGAACGCCAUUCGCCUGCUGCUGGAGCUGGAGCCGGACAGCGACCCCAUCUGGCAUCACGUGACGAUGCAGGACCGGCGCAUCAGAGGGCUGCUGGAGGCGUGUGUGCAGCAGCAUGAGAGCCGCGUUGCCGCGCUAAAGAAGGAGCAGCACGAGAAGAGGGAGGCCGAGGCCAGGUGGCGGCAGAUCCAACAGGAGUCCAACGCGGGGGAGGAUGUGGACCUCUCACUACUGCUAGGGCAGCCGGCAGCCGACGACUCAUCGGACGGGCUGAUGGAUGGGGAGGCGUUUGACGAGGCGCACACACGGCUCAUCGUGCGCCUCACCGCCAUCCUGCAGCAGCACGUGCCGCGCUUCUGGCGCCUCACGCGCUCCAUCUUCUCGGGGAAGUUUGCCAGCUUCGCCACCUCCAAGGACGGCACAGGCACGGUGCGUUUGAGGGGGGGUAGGAGGGGAAAGCGGGGUACAGGCAAGUUUGCCAGCUUCGCCACCUCCAAGGAUGGCACCGGCACGGGUGCGGGGCAUGCACGUGGCCAGGGCGGGCACUGGCGGGGGCGGGGGGGAGAGGAGGGGGGCCGAUACACGAAGCACUCAGAGGACGAGGUGCUGCUCAUGGUGCUGGGCAUCAUGGGCGUGUAUGAGAGCAAGGUGCAAGCGGCCUUCACACAGCUGGAGGCAGCAAGCACGCUGAGGCCGCACAUGCGCCGGGCAGUGGAGCAGGUGGCUCACGCCUGUGCUGCUCUUGCUGUCAGCGACAACGCCCCGCCACAAGCAGUGCAAGCGCUGCACCAGCUGCGGGUGGAGAUCACGUCGCGCUUCGUGAGCCGCGUGUGUCUGCUCACGCGCGGCAUCUCAGCAGAGCUCGUGGCGGACGAGGAUUGGCGCCCCGUGCCGUCCACACUGCGCAUGGGGUCGCCCUUUGCCAUCUCCUCCUUCCCCCUGCGCCUCCGAGACCGCCUCGCCAAUGCCUUUGAGCACGUCACCGCAGUGCUGACGGACAUGGCAGACGAGGAGGAGCUGAUCCCCCCCAGUGCACGGCAGCUGCCGGGGUUCCCAACAGCAGAUGAGGUGGAGGAGGCCAUUCGCCUCAUGUACGACUCUGUCAAGACCACCUUCGCCCAAGCCUUCCAAGACGCCUGCGCGGAUGAGGUGGAGGAGGCCAUUCGCCUCAUGUAUGACUCCGUUGAGACACCUUCGCUCAGGCCUUCCAAGACGCCUGCGCUGCCGGGCUAUUCAACAGCGGAUGAGGUGGAGGAGGCCAUCCGCCUCAUGUACGACUCCGUCAUCCAAGAUGCCUGCAACGCCCUAACGAAGCUAUCCCAGACAGCCAUCACCACCACCGCCCCUGAUGCUACUUGCCAAAUGUUAUUCCAUGUCAAAUACAUUCCUCAUCCCCCGUUUCCCCCUCCACCCGCCUCAGACGCCCUCACAAAGCUAUCACAGACGGCCAUCACCACCACCGCCCCUGAUGCUACUGCCACCAGCGGUGCCGCUGAGGGAGCAGGGGAGGCAGGGGCGGAGGGCGGGAAAGAGGGCGGAGGGGACGGGGCGGCUGCUCCUGCUCCCCCUGCUGCUGCGGUGCCGUCGGCCAAUCCCGAUGACAUCCCGGCGGAGCCCUAUGUGGGGCUCAAGGUGGGGGAGGAGCUGACAACAGCGGACCAGCGGCUGCUCAUGCUGCUCAGCAACUGCGGCUUCUGUCGCUCCGUGCUCGCCCCCUACCUUGCCGAUAAAUUCACCUUGCUCUGGCUCAACCCCUACAGUGUGGAGCUGGAGAUGGUGAGUGCAACAGCGUACCGGCAGGUGCAGCCGCAGCAUCAGGGGAUUCGAGAUGCUCUGCCCUUCUCAACAACCUCCCCUGUGUCCCCUCGCUUCCCUUCUUCCAGUGUGGAGCUCGAGAUGCUGGAGAUGGUGAGUGCAACAGCCUACCGGCAGGUGCAGCCGCAGCACCAGCAGCAGCAGCAGCUGGCGGAGUUGAGAGGCGUGCUGGGGGAGGUGGAGCGCGUGUUUGAGGAGCUGGAGGCGUGGCUGGGCGACCAGUACAUCGCCAUCAAGGCCAACCACCUCGGCUUCGCUGUCAUCAAAUACUUCCUGGAGGACGGCACGUCGUGGGCCACUGCUCCUCCAGUCAGGGUAGGCUUAAUGCUGCUCUGCUGCAAGUUCAUGCUUGUUUGCUGUUCCAUUGUGUUUGAGGAGCUGGAGGCGUGGCUGGGCGACCAGUACAUCGCCAUCAAGGCCAACCACCUCGGCUUCGCUGUCAUCAAGUACUUUCUGGAAGACGGCACGUCGUGGGCCACUGCCCCGCCUGUCCGGGCCAUGGCGGCUCGUCCACCACUGCCCUGCCUCCCUGCUGACUUCUGCCUGCUCACUGAUGCCCGUGCAUCUGUGUCUCUCUCCUCGUUUCCUCUUCCUUCCUUGUGUUCCCUGAGCCUUUCGUCCCAUCCCCACACUCUCUUUCCCUCCUCUCUCGUCUCCCUCUCAUCUCCCUUCUCCUCCCCUCCCCUCUUCUCCCCCAUCUCCCCUCCUCUCCCCCAUCUCCCCUCCUCUCACCCCUCCCACUCCCCCUCCCCCUCGCCUCCCUCACACCCAACAGGGGCUGCGGGAUUCGGCUCUCGAGCUUAUGCACCCUCUUGUGCACGUGGGGUGCCGACCGUGCAUGUGGGGUGCCGGCCGUUUGUGGACAAGGCGAUCAACACGCUAGCGGAGGGGCUGAUGGACGCGCUGCAGCAGGUGGCGUACCAACACGAGGACCUGCAACGCCUCGACGCCAACGCCUUCUGCCAGCUCUCCCUUGAGGUUUGUGCUGCUCUCUGCCAGCUGUCACUGUCACCAGCCCAUUCCUCUUCUCCUUUCUUCAAGUCCUCCUCCCCUUGCACACAACCCACCCUCCCCCCCAACCCGCAACCUCUCUCCACCCAGCUGGACUACUUUGAAACCGUGCUGCACCCCUUCUCGUCGCCAGCACUGGAGGAGAUUCUGUUCCAGCUGCGCGAGAUGCUGCUGCAGCGCACGCUGCAGGCGCUGCAGCAGGAGGCUGCUCGCCCCGCCAACGCGCGCGCCAGGGCUGACAGUGAGGAGCGCGACAACCACCCGCAGACCGCUGCUGACCUCAAGGUAAGAGGGGGGGAAGAGGGGGGUGGGGGGAGGGAUGUCGCAAGAGGAUGGAUAAGAGUAGUGGCAGUGAGCUCCGACCUGCUGCCCUACGAGCUGCUGCACCCCCCUUCCGGUUCUGCCUCAACCCCUCUGUUCCUUUCCCCCCUGUUCCUCUCCCCCCUCCCACUCCGCCCCUUCUCACCCCUCCCCUUUCUCACCCCGCCCCCAUCUGACCAGGUCAUGGCGGACAACAUCAGCUCCCACCUGCUGCCCUACGAGCUGCCACACUCCAAGUCCUCACUGCCCCCUGUUUCCUCCCAUCUCCCUCCCCUCUCCCUCUGCCCGCUCACCAGCUGCGGAUGCCCAGAAGUCUCCUUUUAUCAAUGUGCACGCACACAGGCAAGUACUAGUAUAUUUGAGGAGAAGGGGGGAUGGGGGAGAGUCGUGUGGGGACGGGAAGAGGGGAAGGGGGAAGGGGAGGGAGCGGAUGGGGGGAAGGGGAAGGGGAAAAAGGGAGGGAGGGGAGGGGAUGGAGCAGAGGUGGGGGAAGGAGUGAGGGAGAGGGGGCGAGGAGGGAGAGAAGCUAGUCAUUCCUGA